UAUGGCGUGUUUCGUGUCAUAAUUGUCAUUUUUAAUCCUCUAUAAAAUGCUUGAAUGUCUCUACUGAUCCUUCACUACAAGGCCGCUGCGCCUCGCUCGCUCAGCUGCUUUGGUGUAGCGGUUGUGUAAAUUGAUACGUAAAUUUUACGUUAGCUUGCUAGUUGAAGGAAAUAACAUAUUGUAUUGUGCUUGUUGUGAAUGGAAUUUUAUCUUUUCUCGUCGGGCUGAAUUAGCGGAACAAAUACUGCUUCCCUAGGGAGUUCAAGUCCAGUUGGCUCUUUAUCGUCGGAGGACCAUGACUUUGACCCAACAGCAGAAAUGUUAGUUCAUGAGUAUGAUGACGAGAGGACUCUUGAAGAGGAAGAGUCUCAGGAGGGAGGGAGGAAUUUCACCUCCGAGAUUGCAGAUCUUGAAAAGGAGGGGAAUAUGCCUUUGGAGGAACUUUUUGCCAUCUAUCGCUACGAGGCCUCAGCAGGCUCCAGUAUAGACAGCUCAUCGGGAGACCUGACUGAUGAGCUGCCUGACAUGACUCUGGACAAGGAGGAAAUAGCUAAGGACUUGUUGUCUGGGGACUAUGAGGAGGAGACUCAGUCCUCAGCUGAUGAUUUGACCCCCUCCGUCACUUCCCAUGAGGCUACCGACUUCUUCCCACGAACACUUCGAUCAAACGCCAUUUCUGAUGGCGAUAAGGAGUCAGAGUGUGAUGAAGAUGGCCCGAGCCCGGAAGACUCCAGAAAGGAAAUCAUGGUGGGGUUGCAGUAUCAAGCAGAGGUUCCUUCUGGCCUGUGUCACUACAAAGACGAGGAGAAAGUUUAUGAGGAUGAAGAUGAGUUAUUAUGGAGCCCAAGUAAACUUCCCGAAAGCAAGGUUAGGACUUUCCUGUGUGACGUGUUAUCACGGACUACAAAUGAAAAGACCGGAUCUGACAAACCAUGGCUGCACGUCCGAGAUGAUGAGCAGGCUUUAUGUGAGCUUGUCAAGUGCAACUACAACAUCCGCGAAGCACUAGAAAGGCACUGCAGCCGAGUCAAGUCUUCAAAAGAAACGUCACCGCCGUGGUCCGAAGAGGAAUGCAAGAACUUUGAGCAUGCACUACAGAUGUAUGACAAGAAUUUUCACCUCAUACAGAAACAUAAAGUCACAACACGAACAGUAGCUGAAUGUGUGGCCUUUUACUACAUGUGGAAGAAGUCUGAGCGCUUUGACAUCUUUGUGCAGCAGAAUCGAUUUGGGAAGAAAAAGUACAGCAGCUAUCCCGGUGUAACCGACCUGAUGGACAGGCUGGUGGAUGAAGCCGAGGGACUGGCGGUGGAUAGUUCCUCCUCCGUGUGUUCAGGAGCCGGCGGAGGAGGCCGACUGGAGACCACCACGGAGCAGCAGCUCAGCCUGCUCAACUCCAUCACUGCCAGCGACCUCACAGCUUUGAGCAACACUGUAGCCACAGUGUGCAACCCCGCAGAGGUGGGCUGCAUGGACUCCUACAGCUUCGGGUCCCUGAACCACGACGAACCCCUCGGCUACCCGUCCAAUGGCGCAGACCCCGACUGCCUCAACAUGCUCGACGGCGGCUUCUACCACUCUGAGCUCGGCCAGCUCGGGGGAGUGUGCGUCAGCAAGGACUGUGAGCGGCCCUCCAAGAGACUCAAGAUGGCCCUGCCUGACUCCUUCAUCAGCGACGUGUCCGUGGCUAACCUCGGAGUGGACUUUGAGGCGCGGCGGACGACGACGCAUCACCACCGGAUCACCGGCGCCAAAAUGGCGGUGUCGGUCACGGACUUCGGGAGUUUGGCCGGCAGCGGCGAGCCCAACGGGUUCCUGGGAGCGCACGCACGGCACCACACACAGCACACUGCAGCACUUCAGUCCGAGUGAUCUUCUUCCUCGUCUUCACCCCUCGCUCUUCCCUUUUGAACCCUUUAUCCCACUUGUACAUAAGACUGACCUCACUGGAGAAUCCAAUUUGUUAAAAAAAAUAUUAUAUAUAUAUAUAUAUGUGUAUAUAUUACUUUUUUGUUUUCAUUUUUUGUGUAAUAUGACAUCAGUGAUGUCUAUCAUAUAGAACUAAAGUCUUGAUUUCUCUCAAGAGUUAAUAGCCAUUUAUUUUAUUCUCGUUUUGCGCUCUUGAGAUGUGUAACGUCCGUGUGCGGGGGGGCCCGCCGGCUGCAGGAGGAGAGCUGAGUAUCUUACUUCUUCACGUCUUCAGAGCCGCAGUGUGUAAUCCUGCCAUUUGUUUCAGCUGCCAAAAGUGGCUCCGUCUUCUGCCUCUGUUCUCUGUGUUUAGUUGCUCGUCUCUGUGGGUUGAAGUGGUACUUUUUUUUUUAAACUGAAGAGUUUGGUUUACAGGUACUUUUUAGAAGCCAGGCUGGUGCAAAUGCUAAUUAGUCCCUUAAAUAAGCGUGGCUAGAUAUUGUAUGAAGAGCAACACUAGCAUGGAGAUUAGCUAGGAGGCUGUUUAAGGUCAGCAGCUAAGGCUUUCCACUUUAGGUUCCUUUUUUCUUCUACUUUUCUCCUGGGGAAGUGUGCAGUUAACCAGUUAAUUUACUUUCUAAACCGUUUGAAACAGCUAAACUGAAACAUUUGAUAUAUUUGUGUUGUAUCCCAUUCAUAAAAAGCCCUGAUUGAUCAUUUUUCUUUAAAAUGUUAAACAACUAAUGAAGAAAAGCUGUGCAGAGUGACAUAAUCUGUUAUUGGGUGUUUUUACGGUUGGAUACAGUUAUUUUGAAAAGUAAAUCUGGACUCUUCCUGAAAAGAUAUUGGUCUUAAAAACUAACCAUGACAGCAAUAUUGUUGGUUAAUCAAGUUACUUAGACAGUUGCUGUAAAGUGUGUAUUUAUUACCUAUACGUAAGCUUUGUGAGGUUAAGUUGAAUCCAUUCCGUCAUGCUACACUAAUGCAAGUUUAAUUGAACGCGUCCUUUUAUUCAGUAAAACAUAAUGUCCGAAUAUGCUCUUAAAUUAACUAAUGCCAUUUCCCAGCCACUUAGCAAACUGCUAGCAGUAUUAUCUCUUUAUUUAAAGCCACUUAGAUUUUGUAUUCAAUCUCUGCCUUGUUAUCUAGUCAACGGUUUCCUGCAGUCCAGUAGCAGAAAUGAAGCUGUUGUCUCUUGACUGAAGUCCAGAAUUGUGAAUUUUUAAAUGUUUUGAUUGGAUGCAGUAGUAGUGUUUACUUAAUUUAUCUAUGCAUUGUGCUAUGAAUAAUUAGUUUGUUUCAGGGGUACAUCAUGUUUGUCAUGUCCUUCGAUGUAGUAAUUCACCGUUAAGUGUGUACAGACAGGAUUAAUGAGUUUAUUCACUUCUGCAUUUCAUGUAAAUAUUUAGCAAAUAGCCUUUAAAAAGUCUAUCAACUGACCUCUUACACUUGUGAAUCUAUGUUCAUAGAAAAGUUUUAAUUUGAUUCCUUGACAAAAAGGCAAUAAUUUGUAGAUAUGUACAGAUCUUUUGGGUUUUGCAUUUUGCCAGUUGGUGUUUGAAUAUACUUUGUCUCUUUGGAAAGCCCUGAUCCCCAGGACCCAGCUGUAACCACGCAUGCCGGCUCUGUCUGUUUUCCCAUUGUACCACUGAAAAUGGCUUUACCUGAAGACUUCUUGAUAUUACCCAAUGUUGCAAUUUUGCCUUCAAAACUUGCAGCCAUGUGUAAAAGACGCUGAUCUCUCUCCUUUUUGUUUUUCCUCCAUAUCUAUCUUUGUCUUGAUGGUAAAGGGAUGGCUGCUGUUCUAAGUAUGUGGAGCGUUGGUUUCUCUUUUAAUGCAAUGUGCAUAAUGCAGUAGGUCCUCAAAGCUCUUCUGGCUUUAGCAGUGCAGUGAUAUUUAUUUCACCUGUGGUUUGUACAAAGACUCAGAAAAACUGUCAGAAUGUAAAGGCCAUUAAGUAGUAGAAGUAGGUUUUCACCACCCUGUGAACUCUCGAAAAAUGUGAUAUUUUAUUGAUAUCUCCGGUAUGAGACGUGUGUGCAAGAAAGCACUAAACAAAUUAAUUUUAUAUUUUGUAUUGUGUUUGGAAGUUUAAAAAGGAAUAACAAGUAUAGCAGUUGUGGUUUUGAAGAACUCAAGACCUCUGAUGAAAACAAAAAGUCCUUUGUGAAUAAAAAAAACUACAACUCUUAAAAAUGUAUAUCCAGAAAUAUAGACAAUCAAAACUUCAAUAUGAGAAAUGUUCAAGAAGCUAUCUAUUGUUUAUAAGAAUUGUACAUAAACAUUGAGUUUUCUUUUUCUUUUGGUUAAACAUUUUGUAUUUCUGUUGUACUUUAAUACCUUGUGUACAGAUCCAGAAAUAAAGCUCUGGAAAAGGUGCAGAA